AUGAGGUUUAGCAUUAAUUUGACGCUUAAAAUGGUCACGGUCCGGUACGCCUUCACCUUCGUCUGUGUGGUUUGUGUUGGUUGGGUCAGUGUGCAGAGUGCAAUCAUUUUGCCGAAAAUUCCGGAUGUCCUCAACCCACCCGUACCAGAUGGUAUUGAUCUUGUGCAGCAGUCGGCCUUUCUCGAGAGCACGGACCAGGACCCGGAAGUAACGCCGGGAUUGUUCCAGGGUGACAUGGCAAUGGACAACCGUAUGUAUCGCUACUGGCGCGUAGGAUUAAGUUGGGAUGUGUUUCCGGAGCGAGUCUGGCCAAACGGUACGGUACCGUACGCGAUCAGCCCACUGUACGAUGUGGAUGAUCAGGUGACGAUACUGCAGGCAAUUCGUACAUUGAACUUUAUGACGUGCGUCAACUUCGUACCGUGGAAUGGGAAAGAUAAAGACUUUCUACUGAUCUGGCCGAUCAAGUAUCCGAAGGGUUGCUGGAGCUACGUUGGUAAGAUCGGCGGUACGCAGAUCGUGUCACUUCAGCCACCGGAUGAUCGCAGCCCGAACUGUCUGGGCAAUGAGGGACGCGCCAUACAUGAGCUGAUGCACGCACUCGGCAUAUUCCACGAGCAGUCACGUGCUGAUCGCGAUCGGUUUGUGAAAAUAAUCUGGGACAACAUAAUACCUUCGUUCAAGUCUAACUUUGAGAAACAAUCGCUGAAAAACACCACGUACAGCUUCGAGUACGACUAUAACAGCAUUAUGCAUUACGGGAAAUACUAUUUCAGCAUUGGCAAGGGCAAACCAACGAUCGAAACGAAGAUGCCAGGCAUCAAGCUGGGCCAGCGUCAGGCGCUAAGCAAAACGGACUGCUUGAAGAUCAACGAUCUGUACCGGUGUUUGGAUAAUCCAAAAAUUAGCAAAAAAUAUUACAACCUCUGCAAGACGCUCAGCAUUUAAUGUUGCAAUUAGGAGCGGAAGGACGGUUUCCAGCGUUUUGUAAACUAUAAUAUUUAGAGACAGUUAAUUUAUUACAUAAAGCAAACAUGUCUUACGGUUGUAUUUCUUUCCGUGCUGAAUGAAAUAAAGUUUAAACACGUGAAAGAUGUUUAGUGGGUUAGAAAUUGAAAUACCUAUUACUUAUCUUGCCGUAGUACGAAUAAUAAUGGCCAGAGGUAACCUAGCGAAAGGACGUUCUUAAAAACUUAUUCACAUACCUCUCGAAUAUGCAGCGAAAAUUGCGGCGGAGUUUGUAAACAAACACCGUGACACGAACAUUUUGUAUAUUGUGAAUAAAAGCAGCGCUCACGACAAUAGCACUACGGUACGAUUAACAGCGAUAGAAAGAUGAUUAAAUUUUCCAUCUCCUUUUUAAAUCAUUUCUUAACUCGUCGUUCAAAAUUUGUGUUUCCGAAGGACGCGAGCGUCGUUUUCGAUACCAUGUUUCAAACGAAACAUCUGAUCCGAGUAACAGGAGAGCAUCCAAUGCAGGAGGUUGAAAGUGUCAAAACAUGUACUAACGACAUCUAUACGUCGUUAUUUGAAACUUUUCUCUGUACUGCUUUUAGCACCAUUUAUAGUCAAAUAUUAAUUUUUAUAGCGCAGUUCGUUACGCCCCUAGGAGGCAAUGCAGUUUGCAGUACAGAAAGUUUUCACUUUAUCAGCCGCAAGGUAUGCAAACGACAUACUCACUAGGAUUAGAGUUACCCUGUCACUACAUGCUUAGCAAUUGUCGCCUUAGGGGAUUGGCGAAUUUAUAGAUUUUUUUCUGUUU